AUGACAGCUGCAACUCUCACUACUGGAGACCUGUCAAUAACGACAUACCCCGAUGGCGGUCUCCAAGCAUGGCUCGUCGUCCUGGGCUCCUGGGCUUGCAUGAUCCCCUCCAUGGGACUUCUCAACACAAUGGCUGUAUUGCAGGCCAGAUUAUCAGAGAAUGAGCUGCGAAACCUACCCGAGUCGACGAUUGGCUGGAUUCUUAGCAGUUACGCCUUUUUCUUAUACUUCUGCGGCGCCCAAGUUGGACCCAUCUUCGACGCAUACGAUGUGAGAGUCCUCGUCAUACCGGGAAACAUUGGCAUUGUCGUUUCCAUGAUGCUGAUCGGCCUAUGUAAAGAAUUCUACCAAUUCUUCCUCUGCUUCGGUCUCCUAGGAGGUGCCUCUGCCUCCCUCCUAUUCAAUCCCGCCAUCGCCAUCAUCGGCCACUACUUUGAUAAACGCCGCGCCCUCGCCACAGGCAUUGCUUGCACAGCCGGUGGCCUCGGCGGCAUCAUAUUCCCUCUCAUGAUCCUGUACAUCACCCCUGAGAUUGGAUUUCCCUGGGCCACCCGCAUCAUCGGCUUCAUCUGCCUCGCCAUGGGAGGCAUCUCCAUCACCCUCAUGAAGAAGCGGCUGCCUCACAACAAGAGCAGCACUCGCAUCGGCAGCGCUAUUGACCUAAAGGCUCUCCGCGAUCCCAAGUACGCGCUCACAACCCUUGCAGUCUUCUUGGUUGAGUUUGCCGUCUUUAUUCCCUACACUUACAUCUCCUCCUAUGCAAUCCACGCCGGAAUGCCCACUCAGCGAGCCUAUCUCCUCAACGCUCUUGUCAAUGUAGGCGCAAUCCCUGGUCGUGCUCUGCCCGGCUUUGCAGCCGACCGCUUUGGUGCUUUCAACGUCCUGGCUCUCACAUCCACUACUUGCGCAGCCCUCAUUUUUGCGCUGUGGUACUCUGCCGGUACAAACGAGUCUGCCAUCUACUCGUUUACUGUGCUGUAUGGCUUCUGGUCCGGCGCCGCGAUUAGUAUUACACCUGUGUGUAUUAGCAGGGUAUGCAACAUUGAAGAUAUUGGCAAGCGAACCGGCACAGCCUUUUUCAUUGCAAGCUUCGGCGUGCUCAUUGGCCUUCCCAUUGCGGGAGCUAUUUUACGAGCAGACAACGGCUCCUAUGACGGCGUUAUCAUAUUUGCGGGAGUCUUUUACGCAGCAACCGUUUUCACACUUUACCUUGCUCGGGGUGUAGCAGCUGGUUGGGGGCUCAAGGUUCUCUUUUGA